AUGAAGACCUUUACCUAUAUCUCAAUGAUAUCUGAAGAAAUCGAUUGGGAUGGCCCUGAUGACCCAGACAAGCCUGUCAAUUGGCCGCAGACGAAGAAAUGGAGGAUCACUCUGACUGUUUCCAUGUUGAGCUUCAUGACACCAUUCGCCUCCUCGAUGAUGGCCCCAGCAAUUGACGAUGUCAUGAAAGAAAUGAAGACGACAAAUCGAGAUCUUGGCUCCUUUGCCGUGUCCAUCUAUCUCCUAGGCUACGCAUUCGGUCCCCUGCUCAUUGGCCCAUGCAGCGAACUCUACGGUCGAUUGGUCGUCUAUCACACAUGCACUGCCCUCUUCGCUGUCAUGAACAUUGGAUGUGCAAUGGCAAAUAGCAUGUCCAUGCUCAUUGCCUUUCGCUUUCUGACUGGUACUGUGGGUGCAUGCGCUUUCACUGUCGGCCCCAGCACUAUUGGAGACUGCUUCAAGCAAGAGGAGCGCGGGAUGGCCAUGGCCGUGAUGAAUCUACCUGUCUUGUUUGGGCCAUGCAUGGGACCGGCGGUCGGCGCCUAUCUGUCAAGAGCAGCAGGAUGGAGAUGGGACUUUUGGCUCAUUACCAUCAUGGCUGGCGUUGCUUUUGGAAUCAGCCUGUUGACAUUGAGAGAGACAUACCCCCCCGUUGUUCUCAGAUGGAAAGUCAAGAAGCAACGAAAACUGGCUGGUCUUCCCGAAGUUCAACUUAAUAAUGAACCAAGCCAAUCCCCGAUUCAGUUCUUCUUCAUGAACAUCACGAGGCCACUCAAGAUGCUCGCCCUGUCUCCCCUAAUUCAGGGUCUGUCACUUCUCGCUGCUGUUGCGUAUGGUGUCCUCUAUCUGCUGUUCACUACCCUAACAGAAGUUUUCGAGACCCGCUACGGAAUUGUCACAAACGUUGGUCUGGUUUACUUCGGACUCGGUGUUGGCCAAAUUGCGGGUGUUGCCGUCUUUGGUACGGCGUCAGAUACGAUUGUCAAGAGAAUGGCGAAGGGAGGAGAGAUGAAACCUGAAUAUCGACUUCCUCCCAUGAUCCCCGGAACAGCCAUGAUUCCUCUGGGUUUGAUCAUCUAUGGCUGGACGGCGCAAUAUUAUGUACAUUGGUUUGUCCCUCUGCUCGGAACCUUCUUCGUCGGAGUGGGAGUCAUCACCGUCUUCAUUCCUGUCGCAUCGUAUCUGGUCGAUGCGUACCCAGCUCAUGCAGCUAGUGCGACGGCUGCGACGACGGUGUUUAGAAGCAUGGGCGGUGCUCUUUUACCGUUGGCAGGACCCAAGAUGUAUCAGAAGCUUGAUCAGGGUUGGGGAAACACGUUGCUUGCUGGAAUCGCGUUGGGGGUGAUGCCCAUGAUCUGGCUGACGAUGAAGUACGGAGAGAAGCUAAGAACGCAUCCCAAGUAUCAGAUGAACCUGUAG